AUGUUCACCAUCUCAGACGAAAAAACCUCAUGCAGUAAAAAUUCUGCACAAAAAGCAGAUGGAUUUCGAUUUCACCCAACAGAUGGAGAAUUGAUGAAAUAUCUUUUACUCCAUGUGUUAGGAAUACCUUAUUCUAAUUUUGUUCCAAUUAAAUACGAAGAUCCUUAUUCUAAAGAGCCAUGGGUUAUUUUUAAUGGUAAAAAAGAGAAGACUUUGUAUUUUUUCACUGAGUUGAAGAAAAAAAAGUCAGAAAAUACAAGGUAUGUUAGAAGUGUUGGAAAAGGUUCAUGGAAAUCACAAGACAAAGGGAAAAAAGUGUGUAGUGAAAGAGGUUCACUUUUGGGAUACAAAAGAAGUUUAAGGUACCAAAAUUCAGGUUCACCACAAGAUGGACAGUGGCUAAUGAAGGAAUAUUCACUUUGUGAAACUGUCAAGAGCUACUUGCGUCAACGUUCUCGUAGUUAUAACAAAGAUAAUUACGUACUUUGCCGAAUCAAAAGAAAGGCUGCAAAAGAUGAUCCAAUUGCCCAAAAAGAGACAAUUGAAGUUGAAGAGCUAGAUGAAAUUAUUGAUCCUCCUCAUGGCUCUCCUUAUUUAUCAAACGAUGCAACAAAAUUGCGUCUUGCCAAUGGAAACUACAACCUUUAG